CACUCAAUAUGGAUGAUUUCUCGUUACUGUCUUUUGUAAUUUAGCGUAAAAUAAUUUGUUAACAAUGAAUAAGUAAACGUUAAAGCGGUUGUUACAUUUUUUGUGAAAAUGUCUUCAGAAAGGGUCGAAUGGGUGGAAAUUAUCGAGCCCAAGACAAAGGAGCAUAUGUAUGCUAACCUAACUACUGGUGAAUGUGUUUGGGACCCUCCUGAGGGUGUAAAAGUGAAAAGAACAGAUUCUUCCCAGUGGUGGGAAUUAUUUGAUAUUAAUACCCAUAGAUUUUAUUAUUACAAUGCAACCACUCAGACCACUGUAUGGCAUAGACCCACAGACUGUGAUAUUAUUCCACUAGCUAAAUUACAAACUCUGAAACAAAAUACAGAUCCACAAAAAAGGAGAGAGACAUCCACUCAAACUAAUCAGGCAGCACCACAGGUUCCAUCCUUGCUUGAACCAAUAACAAGCAACGGCAACAGUAUGGCAGCCAGUGUGAGUAAGCUCUCACCAAGCAAUGCUAAGAAUAUUACAAUAACACAGACCAGUCCCGUCCGGACAAGGAGGUCACAUUAUCAUCACAGAAAUAGCGGAGAAAGUCGUCGCGGGAGACUGAGUGAAGAUGGCUCGACGGGACUCUGUCGUCACACUGAUUCAGGUCGUUCAUCGGACAGCAGUAUUAGCAGCGCACAACAAAGAAGAAAACAGGAGCUAAGCGCGGUGGCGUGCAGCGUGCCGGUGUGCACGCCGCAGCUAAGGAAGAGGACCGGCGCAGCGCAGCCCCACGAUACAGACAAAUGGUCACCACACUCAGGUCUAAAUCGUAGCGGCAGCUUCAUAUCUCCUAGGAAAGAUACUUCUGAUGACUCAAUGCAUGAAAAGUAUUUCAAGUCUGUAGAGAGUACGCCAUUGACUAGACGUAAGCUUAAACAACAAUCUGCUGGCGGUUCCUCGUGCGAUUCUGCUUCCCCUCAAAGUCCUAGCAGCCCGUUGCAAAAACCACAACCUACACCCUUCUUACAGCCGACGGCAGCGCGGCCGUCGCUGGUGUCGUCGAUAUCUCUAGCGACGGAGGCGGCGGGCGCGCGGCUCAUGCACAGCCUGGAGCGCCCGCACCAGCUGUCGCGACACGCGAGGGAACGCUUCUCAGACAGGCACUUAGACAAGGAUCGGCUGGCAGAGCUGGACCGCAUGGAGCGGUACCCUGAGAAGCAGGCGGUGUACAGCGUGGACAAACCUUUCAGACAGACCAGCCUCGACCUGCGCCACAAUUCCGUCUCCAACUGGCAUCAGCCUAGGGAGUUUACAAGCAGGCGUCAGCAGGCGGAGCCGGAGCGCGAGCGGUACGCGGGCAGCAAGACCUCCUCCAGUGGCAGCGGCAAGCGCGCGCAUGAACACAACUUCAUGCGGCUCUCCUCCGCCAACGAGCAGGACAACAUCGCCGCAGUUAACUACAAACUGAAAUGUGUGAAUCUCGAACCCCCGCUAACAGAACCCAAUGUACAAAAGCACAAUCAACGUUUCGAACGGACGGAGAAAGUGAACGCGACCAGGGAUAGGACCAAGUCACGACGGCACAAGAAACCUGUGGAAUUAGACGAAACACAAAUGGAUGGCGAGGAUGAAGACGAAGAAGGCGGUGGUUCCCCCUUGUACUGCAACUGGGACUUACGCGGCAUGCAACAUCUGCUACCUUUACAAGAUUACAUUAUACAGCAAGCUAAGUUGUCUAGUCGCGGUCGUUACACUGGUGGGUCGGAGUCCGACGGGUCGUCAGGGUCGUCGCGGUCCGGGUCGCGAUCGCGGUCGUUGUCCGGUCACGAGCCCGACAACGAGUCGUCCGACGGCGGCGCGCGCACGCCCGACGACGACGACGGCUCGGGCGUGUACCUGCCGCAUGCGUACCGCACCGAUGCAGAGUAUAUGAACCAUGGGGUCGCUUACUACAACACGUUUGUAGGAUUCGAUAGAGAUCGACAGCCCUCGCCUGGUAUACAUAGAACAUCGUCUUUGGGCGGUGGUGCGACAGCGGCGGGCCCCGGCGGCAGUGUGCCGGACGGCGCUGCGGGCGCGGCGGGCGGCGCGCUGUACAGCCCGGUGCGCUCGCACCCGCCGCCGCACGCGCACGUGCCCGCAGAACAAGACAUAGAAAUCUUUGCCAAAGACAAUCUUAAUUUCAAUAAAGGAAUUUUCAGGAGAAAGGCGUCUGUUCGGGACAUGUUAUCGUGGACGUCGUCGUCCAUUAGCGCGCCCAUGGUGGGCGCGGAGUGGGACAAGGCGCACAAGAAGGCGGCCAUCGACCUGUUUCGACUGGUGCAGAUAUACAUGGGCGACCGCAAGGCGCGCCCUGGCAUGACGCUCAACUCCGUCGCACAGGACAUUCUGCAUGCCACAUUUACUAACGAAAAACUGCGCGACGAGGUGUACGUGCAGCUGUGCCGGCAGACGACGGAGAACCCGCUGCGCGACUCGCUGCUGCGCGGCUGGGAGCUGCUGGCCGUCUGCCUCGCCUUCGUGCCGCCCUCGCCCGCCUUCCAGCCCGCGCUCACCAACUACGUCAACCGCCACAGGGACCCCGCCUUUGCUGAUGCCUUCCCUGAGGUUGGCAAAUGGCCGAUCCACGUACAAGUGUCGCACUACGCGGGCGUGGCGUGUAAACGUUUGGAACGGAUAGGUUUCGGCGGCAAGCGGCAGCCGAGGAAACCCAGCACAGAAGACAUAGACCAAGCUAGGAUCCAGAUCUUCCGUCAGUCGAUGUUCGGCAACACGCUGUCGGAGGUGAUGUCGCUGCAGAAGGAGCGCUUCCCGCACCGCCAGCUGCCGUGGGUGCAGGUGGCGCUGUCGCAGCAGGUGCUGGCGCUGAGCGGCCGCGACACGGAGGGCAUCUUCCGCGUCUCCGCAGACGUCGACGAGGUCAACGCCCUCAAGGCCAAGAUCGACAACUGGGAGCUGCCAGACGCUUCUACAUUGACUGACGCGCACGCGCCGGCCAGCCUGCUGAAGCUGUGGUACCGCGAGCUGUACGAGCCGCUGAUCCCGGACGCGCUGUACGGCGCGUGCGUGGCCGCGGGCAGCGACUUCGCGGCGUGCGCGCGCGCGCUGCAGCGCCUGCCCGCACUCAACAGACUCGUUCUCACAUACUUAAUAAGUUUCCUGCAACAAUUCACGGCGCCGGAGGUGGUCAGCCAGACGAAGAUGGACUCCGCCAACCUGGCGAUGGUGUUCGCGCCCAACUGCCUGCGCUGCACCUCGCAGGACCCGCGCGUCAUCCUGGAGAACGCGCGCAAGGAGAUGACCUUCCUCAAGACCCUCAUCACCAACCUGGACACCGCACAUGUACACGACAUGCUGUGACCAACCCUCAGCUGUCGCAACAACAACAUUGUUGCACACCACAACGCCUUCUAGCGCCUUCUACAACAUUCUAGAAUUUUCUAGAACCUUCUAGCGCUCUCUAGCGCCGCAUGCGACAGGACCUUACAAUGUGUACCACAAGUGUCUAGUCCGUCUCCUUCCAUUGACCCGUGAUCUAUGGACGCAUCUAAGUUAACUAUUCCCCAACUUAUGGAUAUUCUCUUGUAUAUUUUUUGUAUUUUUGUACGCUAUUUUUACUUGGUUGUAUCCAAAGAUAUUUAAUGAGAUGUGAUUUUUUUUAAUUAUUUUAAAUGUGGAGCUUUACAAAAGUGUAUGUGCAAUGUUGGCACGCAGUUGUUACGGAGCGUCGCUUGUUAUUAGUUGAUAUUUGUUUGUGUGAUGGCAGUUAAUUUAUUUUAAGAUUGCUCCUAUGUAAGUACACACUUCCGGUAUGUCGUGAUGCUCUAAUCACAAGUUAUAUAGUGUUCUGACUCUUAAUAGUAAAGCAAUAAGGUAUAAAGUAUUUUCUCAAGUAUUUGCUACGCGUUUCAAAUAAAUUGGCUAUUAGUGCGUUUUUCCUUUGAGUGGCAUCUUAAGAUGGGACGCGAGCGCAAUCAUAUCACAAUUUUACUAUCAUUAUCGUCACAAUAAGCAUUUAUAUAAUUUUUUCCUAUAAUUUUACCAAGUAAUUUGUUUAAAAAUAAGGUUUUUACAUUUAACUAUAAAAGUUAUUGACAUGAAAAUUUGAUGUGCAAUUUCUAUAUCAUUGUUCUUUGACUGAUGAAUAGAUUUCUUACAAAUAAUUAAUGAAAUCUAUUCUGAACUUAUUAAGAAUAUUUAGUUUUCAUACGAUCUCUUUUUAGACUGAUUUGUGCAUCUGAUUUUUUUUUUCUAUUUAAGGCAGCUAUUGUUCGACUAGUUUUUUUUAUAUAUUUUUAAAUUAUAAAACACAUCGAUGUAGAAAUUGCACGAUCAACUCAAACUUGCCUUUCGGAUGUAGCAAUAGAUGUGUGGUUUACGAACGAGUGGUUAAAAACAAAGUUACUAUUAUCUAAUAGUAUAAAAAAACUAUUUACAUAUAGACAUGCUGAUAUAUAGAUAAAUAUAAAAUAUUUAUUCAAUAUUCCUAACUCCACAGUUACGAUUCUUGCUAUUUUUAGAUCUGAAAUAUUAAAAAGCAGACGUAAAUUUGAAUGCUAUACGCAUGCGCAAGAUAUAUAGAUAUUAAUAGCCUUGCAAUAGCAAUACUGUAUUAUAAAAAAAAUCAAAAUAUUUCACACUAUGUUAGAAAAAUGUAUAUUUAAAAAGUUUGUACACUUGUGUUC